AUGGGAAAGAUCAUAUUUUAUGAGGAUAGGAACUUCCAGGGCCGUUCCUAUGAGUGCAUCGGUGACAAUCCUGACCUGCAACCUCACUUCAAUGCUUGCAACUCUGCCCGAGUGGAAAACGGCUGCUGGAUGCUGUAUGAACGCCCCAAUUAUAUGGGUCAUCAAUAUUUCCUGAAGAGAGGAGAAUAUCCUGACUAUCAGCAAUGGCAAGGACUCAAUGACUCCAUAAAAUCAUGCCGACUAAUCUCACAACAUUUGGGAUCUAGCAAUCAUAAAAUUCGAAUUUAUGAAAGAGAUGAUUACAAAGGAGAAAUGAUGGAAUUUAUGGAAGAUUGUCCAAAUGUGUAUGAUCGUUUCUGUUCCCAUGAAAUUCAUUCCUGCAAUGUAUUGGAUGGCCAUUGGAUUUUCUAUGAGCUUCCUAGCUACAAAGGCAAACAGUACUUGCUGAGACCUGGCGAAUAUAAGAAGGUCACAGACUGGGGCUCCUCAACUGCCAAGAUUGGAUCUUUCCGACGAGUAUUGGAUCUUCAUUAA